UAACAGCCGCGCAUGUUGAGUCGUGGUGUAUUUGAUUUAUUUAUUUAUAUACAUAUAUAUUUAUUUAUUUUAUUUUAUUUUAUUUAUUUAUUUAGCUUGCACGUAAAUAAACUAUUAACACAAAACAGAUCUUAAAUGAUGUUAAACGUCUAUGAAACAUGGAACAGCUGAAGAAUGAAGCCACCUUUCCAUCUUAUUCCCAGAGAUCCGGCCGCUGGUGUAACGACUGAUCCUCAAUUGCUAUGGACCAGCAGUACGAUUCAUUCAACAGUCACUCUAACCACUGCAACUCAGGCGAUGCCAUGGCAAACUCAGUCGCCGACAUGACCAUCAACGACCGUCACCAUGGGGAGCAGUUGGAGAAUGGCAUCAGUCUAAUGAAAGAGGUGUCUCAAGAAGCUUCAGUCAAACUGAGAGAAGAUAAGCUAAUAUCAGAGACCGAGGUCUCUAAUGUAGAUUGCGCCCUCUCUGAGGGGUUGGUGGAUUCUACAGAAGCAUAUGGAGAAGCUCAGCCAGCAUCUGCUCCUGCUGAUUCAAAUGGGCAGAGUGCCGGAGGUCCCACAGAUGUAGCAGAUGACUGUGCUUCAGGGGGUUAUGGUGAAGAUUGGCAAGACCUGGGGACUCGAGGCUUUUUAGACCAGAGUAUACCAGAAGAAGGAGAAGAAGAAGAAGGAGAAGAAGAAGAAGAAGAAGAAGAAGAAGAACAUUUUCUAAUGACUAGCUGGAGUGGCCCUUCUAAGCAUCUGCACCAUGGACCGGUCAGCCCUGAUCGCACCAGGAGCCUGUCCCUGGAGAGCGAGCUUCCUGUGUCCUUCUUAAUUCGCAGUUCAGCUCUGGAAGAUCUCACAGCCGUCGGGGAUAAGAUCACAGAAAGUGAGAGUGUCUCUGUUCCUGAAGAAUAUCUUCAAGAACCCUGCAAGGACUCCACUGAAAGAGGUCAUAACGAUGGGGAACACAUCGUGAUGAUUCAACAGGAAGAUACACCAAGUAUGAGCACAUUGCAUUGUCCCAAUGGUGAUUUAUCGGUGGAUCCGAGCUGUGUACACACCGAAGGAGGUGCUACACCGAAUCAGGACUUUGUCAAUGAUGCUCUGCUAGCACAAGGACACAUGCAGUGUCUGAGUUCAGUCUCAGCGACAGACCCUUACUUGGUACCGCAUAAAGAUCACAGUAAUUUAGAUGAAGAUCAUCCUGGAAAUCUAGAGACAGAAGGAAACGAAGCCGUUCCUUCUUUGAUGGACUCAAACGGUUCUCCAGUCACAUCCUACGGCUCACCGAGUAGAAAAUCUCGCGUACCCGUAUCUCAGUUCAAAGCUCAACCCAAGACUGACAAUGACAUUGAGAAGCGGGCUCCAGGAAGCAGGCCUUACGCUGCUGGCACGAAGAUCCCGGCGAUGACUCCUCCUCAGUCAGUGAAAGUGGAUCCGAAGAAACAAGUGAAAAAUGGAAAAGAGUCUCCCAAGACACCUGAGGCAAGUGGGCAAAGUAGUCCUGGCACCCCUAAGUCACCGGCUAGCAAGUCUCUAGGUGGUAAAACCCCGGUAGCAAAGGAUAUGAAGAAAGUGGCAGUCAUUCGCUCCACCCCCAAAUCUCCUGGCUCAUUGAAGAACCGUUCUCCAACCCCUCUGGCUGCUGCCGCACCCCUGCCUGACCUGAAGAACGUGCGCUCCAAAGUUGGCUCAACUGAGAACAUGAGACACCAGCCUGGAGGAGGCCGGGUCCAAAUUCUUGAUCAGAAGCUGGACUUUAGUAAUGUUCAGUCUAAGUGUGGCUCCAAAGACAAUAUCAAACAUGUACCCGGAGGUGGCAAAAUCCAGAUUCUUGACCAGAAAGUGGACUUCAGUAAUGUCCAAGCUCGAUGUGGUUCUAAAGACAACAUUAAGCAUACGCCUGGAGGAGGCAAGGUUCAGAUUCUCGAUCAGAAGUUGGACUUAGGUAAUGUGCAGGCUCGCUGCGGCUCCAAAGACAAUAUCAAACACACACCCGGAGGUGGCAAAAUCCAGAUUGUUCACAAAAAGUUGGACUUUAGCAGCGUGCAGGCGAAAUGUGGCUCAAAAGAUAACAUCCGCCACAAGCCAGGAGGUGGAAACAUUGAGAUCAGAUCAGAGAAAAUAGAAUUCAAGGCGCAGUCAAAGAUCGGCUCUCUAGACAACAUUGGCCACGUGGCUGGAGGCGGUCAGAAAAGGAUUGAGACACACAAGCUGAUGUUCCGGGAGCAGGCGAAGGCGCGGACUGACCAUGGCGCUGAGAUCAUCUCCCUGGAAGAAUCUCCCCAGCAGCUCAGCACUGUUUCCUCCUCUGGCAGCAUCAACAUGGCUGACCCACCUCAGCUCGCCACCCUUGCAGAUGAGGUGAGCGCGUCGUUGGCCAAGCAGGGCUUGUGAACUCUCCCCUUGUCCUCAGACCACAGUCCUACAACCUAUUUGUUUCAGUCACUUACAGACAUCGGAAAGUCUUCACCUCCCCAUUUCUGUUGCCAAUGAGGAUCCCGAAUCAAGGAGCCCCUCACUAUCACUGUUCAAAAUUUGCAACGUCAUUUGCAUUUGUCUCUUUAGCUGAACCUCCUACAUUCGAUUAUUUCCUUCUUUUACUUUGACAACAUCAGUCCUGUUUUCUAAACCAUUGGUUUGAAUUGUUUGAUCAGUCCCAGCUUCCCAAAACUGCAAAAAAUAUUGGAUGGUCUGGUAAGAAUGGAAAAUUUUUCUCGUCAUGCUUAUAGAAGGUUUUACAUUCAUUUGAUUCACAAGAAGUCAGAAAAAUUAAAAGCAUGAAGUAAGAAUUAAAAUAGUAACCCACUUAAAUGAUAAUACGGUUGUAGGAACUCCGAGGAAAUACUUUUAUUGUUUCUCCAAACAUUACGUUGCUUAACAUUGUGUCCACGUACAAAUAUUUCUAAACUAAAUUCGAUUUCUGAGAUAUUUCGAGUGGAUUUGGCGAGCUUCAUGUAAACGAAACGUUGUUUGUCAGCCACUUUUCUUACAGUAUUAUUCUGUGGAUAUGAGAUGUAUUUGUUAUGGAAAAAAGUGUUGAGCCUGCUGGCAGUCUUAAGUUUGUUUUUUUUUCUUUAUUGUCAGUACAACAUUGUAGAUGCCUCUCCUAUUUAACUUUUUCACUUUUGCAGCUUUGCGAUGUAGCUUUGGUGAUAAUAAUUCACUUGAAUUUAUAUUCCUGAAUGCUUUUACAUUAAGUCUUUUCAUCUUCGCCCAAUGUUAAGAAAUUGAAGUUACUGAUUUUACUAAAAAAAAAUUUCGGAAUGAUUUUCUUUUGUUUUUUUUUUUUGAAUGGCGUUCAUCAUUAUGGUAAUGAACAAGCUGCUGUUGGUGAUUUAGAACUGUGUGUUUUGGUGAUAAUUCAGUGGUAGGGAAAGAUUUUAAGUUCAAAUGCUUCAUGAAAUUAGACUACAUACAACAAGUGUAUCUUUAACCCAGAAGUGUUUUGUAUUCAUUUUCGUGCUUUGUUCAUGUCCAAACUCUUGUACUGUGAAAAGUUGGUUAUUGAGCGAACGGCAAAACGUUUCUUUCCUCGCUGACCUGUCUGUCACGUUUUGCGCAUUCACAGUCUACAUAGUGUUUUUGUAUUGUCCUUCAAACCCCAGUUGAAAUGCAUGGAAGACACAUUGUCUAUGCUCCUGUUUUACAGUUUUUUACAAUCGCUAUGACAGUUUUUUCAAUACAUUUAACAUAAGUUACAUUUAACAUUUCUCUUAACAUUUAACAUAUAAGUUUUUACAUAAGUUUCCUAAACUCUUAACGCACCAACACACCUAAAACACACAAUUGGCAAAACGGUUAAUUUCAUGCUCAAAAUCACACAUUGUAAACUAAACCCCAAAACUAAUUUUCAAAAUACAAUAAUAAACUAACACAAUACACCAUGUCUAACAAAACACUGCAAACAUGUUUUAAAAUCAAAUAUUUAUUCAAAACACUAACACAUGUUCUCUUUCAACAGGAACAUUUAGUCAAUCAUAACACAAUGACAAAAAAAAACACUAUCAUCAGCUGAAAUUACAGAAACUGCAUUAUUUUAUGUGUCAGGUCUGCCCUUAUACAAUAGACAGUAUAUAUUGUAUUGAUCAUAGAUUGUGUUUUGCACAGUAGUUUCUUUUGAAUCCUCUCUAAAUUUUUGUUUUGUUGGGUUUAGUAAAUGCAUGCAUUUUGUUUCUUUUGCUGCAGAAAUUCAAUAUAAAAAACAAAUGACCAUCUCAGAGUAGCUUUAUGAAACGUACAGUUUAUGUAAAAAAAAAUUACAGACACAGAACUGCUGCAGCAAAGACUUUAUUUGCAAAAGGACAUUACUGCAAAAUAUAGAAACAGAAAAGGCACCGGAAUUAUAAUAAAAAACAAAUUAAUCUUCUAAUCUGCCCCGUCUUCCUCAUUUGGCCACAUUCUGAGGAAGGUAGACGUUGAAUCCUUAGAGGGACAAAAUACAGUUACAUAUUAGAGCCCAGAGGCAUACAGUCACUCUAAUGCAGUAAAUGGUAAAAUUAUUUACACUUUGCUGUAGGAGAAGCAAUAUCCUACCUGUUGGUUUCUCUGAAAUUACUGACAAUGGAUGCCACUGUGUCCCGGCUGAGAUUUGGCUGUACUCGUUCACCAGCCUCUCUGUAUGAUAGCCCGUGGUUUAUGACAUGGUCAAUGAGAGUAGCUCUUAUUUGAUCAGUUACCCUAGCUCUGGUCCUUCUUUGAGCACCACCACGCAUUCUAACUCCUCUCCCUUGUCCUGGUACUCGUCUUCCUUUCCCUCGUGCAGACAUUUUUUUCUUUCUUUCUUUCUUUCUUUCUCUCUUUGUGUUGCUCUAUAUUGUUCCUUUUCCACACAAGAUCAGCCCAAAGAGGCGAUUGAAAAAACCUCAACACCUGAGUGUGGUUCCUAGAUGGGAAUCAGCUGUGAUUUAUAUAUUUGCAUAACUGCAAUAAGCUGUUUCUCAUUAGCAAUGGAAUAAAAUACAGGGAAUAUAUUUGUGUUUCAAUUCACAAUAUGAACAGCUGUUCACUUUGACUUUAGCCUAUAUAAGUUAUGUUUAGAACAUGAUGUUAUCUGUUCUGACAUACAGUAUGAAAGCAUUUGUAAUUUUGACUGUAAAAUGACAUUGUUUUGGUCUUGGUUGAGCUUGUGUGUAAAAGAAGUUAAAGCAUUUUAAAUUGGUGUUAACUGUAUGCAUUUUGUAUCAAAGCAACAAGAAAUGUGUUAAUUGUAUAGCAUACAAAGACGGAUGUUGUGCAAAGACGGAAAAAAACUGUCAUAGCGAUUGUAAAAAACUGUAAACCACAUUUUUUUUUUAAAUUAAGGUACAAAAUCAAGCUUUCAACAAAUGACACUGCUCAGAUUCUCCCUUAGUAGCCCAGCCUGCGUUGUCACAGCACGCGCAUCACGCUUCAAAGUGUCUAUCGACGCUCCUUGCAUGCUUCCGCAUCACCUCCAAGUUUAAACACUGUUCUUUUUACUGUAUAUUCUGUAAUCGGGAUUGUGCUUUUUUUCUGCACCGUAUAGCCGUAGAAGGGAAUAUACUACCCAAAAAAAUUACCCCCCCUUUCUUUAUGAUGGAGGAGGAGCUGUAUAGAUAGCGUUAGUUAUAUAAUCUGUGUGUUUUAACGUUUAGGAUUCGUCUAUUUGCCAAGGAAUACUGAGUGCUGAAAAAAUGUCAAAAAAUAUAUAUAGCAGAGCAGUUCAGCGGUUGUUGCUCGCACCAUGUUAAUCUGCAUGCUAAGUUAUCUGGACUUUUCUGUUUGUUGGUUUGUUUUCUAUGGAUCAGCAAUGUGUUUUUGAAUGGUCUUUGAUGGGGUUUGUAUACUGUAUGUGGGCUUCUGGAAGUUUUGCCCUGGGUGAAAGAAGUUGUGUUCCGUGUACAAGAGUAUGUCAAGGGGAAAGGAACCGCAAUCCUGAAAUGACCUUGUAAAGAUGGAAGGCCACCACUUUGAGCGUAAUGGUGGGUUUGCCAUCCUGCAGUCAUUGACACCAUUCACCUAAUUCUGCACUUGUACAUUUUAGCUUGAGAAAUGUGAUUUUCAAUAUUGUUCUUGUGUGUUUUAAUAAUAACUGAUUCUUGUUAAUGUACAUGUGAAUUUGGAAAUAAAGGCUAUAAAGAAUAA